UCCUCAAACUUUGAUAUACAUUAUCCAACCAUAUCUCAUCUCUCUAUUCUUUUAAUUCUUUUUUUCUUUCCUCUCAUUUUCGCAUGUCCGCACCGGUAGCCCGUCCCAGUCGUCUCUGUCUCCGUUGAAGCCAAACCCAGUCGAGCCCGCGUUUCGUUCGUGUGUAGCUCCACCGGCGCCUGUCGUUCAGAUACCAGCCGUGUAGCGUCCAACAGCUACGCAUCCGUGAAGUCCUCAUCUGCCGCGCAACUCUCCGUUUUCCAGUCGCGGGUCCGACGUCCAUCCUUAUUGUAUUGUAUAUCUGUUUUGAACGCAUCCAUUUCAUUUGUUCGCCGCUGCCGCUGUCUUGUUGUGAUUUUUGGAGAAAUUGUGCUUCAAUUCUUGAGAUUUACAACAAGCUUCAUUGACUUAAGUUUUUUUCGUGGAAUUCAGCUCGAUCAGGAAGCUUAGGUAACGUUAAGAUUGAAGAAUAACAAGUGUUGGGGGAGACAACAUGAAGAUGGUGCUCUCUGGUGCCCAGUCCAUUCAAUCUUUUAGACGGGUGGAUGUGUAAUUCUAAGUUAGCAUGAAUCCUCAAGAUGCUAGAGAACUUAGAGGUCAUCUGGUAACCAUGGUAGAAGGUAAUGAGACAUUGAAAGACUCACAGAUGGCUUAUGAAGAGGCAUUGGAUGCACUAUCCUCAUUGAUUGUCAACCGUAGACGCUGUGAUAAAUCUGGAGAUCAAUUUGAGUUGAUGUUUGAAUAUGUAAAGAUGCUUGAUUUGGAGGAGUCCAUGUCACAAAUGAAGGUCAUUCAUGUAGCUGGCACCAAAGGCAAGGGAUCUACAUGCACCUUUACUGAAUCCAUAUUGCGUAAUUGUGGCUUCCGCACUGGCCUUUUCACUUCUCCUCACCUUAUUGAUAUCCGAGAAAGAUUUCGCUUGGAUGGAAUUGAUAUUAGUGAAGAGAAAUUUUUGACCUAUUUCUGGUGCUGUUAUAAUAGGUUAAAGGAAAGAACUAGCGAGGACAUACCGAUGCCUCACUUGUUUCGCUUUCUUGCACUACUUGCAUUCAAAAUAUUUUCAGAUGAGCAGGUGGAUGUAGCUAUAUUGGAGGUUGGCUUAGGUGGAACUUUUGAUGCAACCAAUGUGGUCCAGGCACCCAUUGUGUGUGGUAUAGCUUCUCUGGGUUACGACCACAUGGAACUUCUUGGGAACACUCUCGGUGAGAUAGCUUCAGAGAAAGCUGGUAUCUUUAAGCGUGGGGCUCCAGCUUUUACUGUAUUUCAACCUGAUGAAGCCAUGCGUGUGCUUAAAGAUAAGGCUUCACAGUUGGAUGUGCAACUUACAGUAGUGCCAUCAUUGGAUCCCGAGCUACUUCACGGUCGUAAACUUGGGCUUGAAGGCGAGCACCAGUAUCUAAAUGCUGGUCUUGCUGUUGCCCUAUCCUCCACUUGGCUUCACAGGUCUGGCCAUUCCGAACUGUCAUAUGUAGAGCAAAGUAGGUCUUUGCCUGAGCAGUUUAUAGAAGGGCUUACAACUGCCAGCUUUGAAGGACGAGCACAGAUUGUUCCUGAUAGAUAUACUGAUGUUGAAUGCCCAGAUGAACUUGUAUUUUAUUUGGAUGGAGCCCAUAGUCCUGAGAGCAUGGAGGCUUGUGGUAGAUGGUUUUCUGCUGCAGUAAGACAUAACCAGCUAGGGAAUUUAAAUCAUCAGUCGGAGGAUAAUGGUAGUGGUACAUCUUCAAAUAAGCUUCAAGGAUAUGAUAACGAUGAAGCAAGGAAGAAAUCAGUACAGGUGCUACUGUUCAAUUGUAUGGCCGUACGAGACCCUCAAUUGCUUCUUCCACCUCUGAUCAAAACUUGUGCAAACAAUGGUGUCAACUUCAAGAAAGCACUCUUUGUUCCAAAUACAUCAGUCUUUAACAAGGUUGGAACCCAUGGUUUACCAGAAACAGAUGAGCAAGUUGAUCUUUCUUGGCAGUUUCAUGUUCGAAGGAUAUGGGAGGACACCAAGCAAUGUGACAAAGGAAGUGAUUCUAAAGGGACUGGUGCUGUACUUGAAGAAGAAAGUGAAAAAUCAGAAGUGGGUGGUAAGAAUUGUGGGAAUAGCACAGUGUUUUCUUCUCUUCCACUGGCUAUUAAAUGGCUCCGGGAUAGUGUCUUGCAGCAGAAUCGGUCCGUUCGACUUCAGGUUCUUGUAACUGGAUCCUUGCAUCUUGUAGGAGAUGUACUGAAAUUAAUCAAGUGAAGUAUGGGAACAGUUUGGAGUUCAUUGUGAUAGGACUAAGCUUGGCAUGGGGGACAAGAACCUGGUGCUAGAUUUCUGAUUAACAUUCAUCUUCUCAGAUUUUGGGCCGCAACACCAUUUUUGUUUAAUAAUUAGACCACAAGAAUUUAGGCAAUAUUGGUCAUAUCAGGGUUACAUUUGUUCUCUAUUUCAUUAAUUAUUCUUAUGCUUCAGAACCGAACAAUAAUGAAAAUUGGAAAUAUAGAAACUAUUCUUAAUAUAUCACAUUUCCAGGGUUGGUUCACUGUUUCUGCCUAA